AUGGCAGUCACAGACCACAUCCAGUCAAUCACUACUGAUACGAUGAAGCUGCUGAUGAUCACCGUGAGCGCCCUCCUCCUGGUAGGGUCGUGCAGAGCAGAUCGUGGCUACCACCGUGGCUCUGGAAGUAGAGGUUUCUCCCAAGGGUCCAUCGGAGGCGGCUUUGGCUCCUCAGGAAGCUCCUUCCAGGGCUCUGGUAGGGGAUAUUCUGGUGGUCGUGGUGGUGGUGGAGCAACCAUCGUCCGGGCCAAUGGAGGCUUCGUUGGUUCAUCAACUGGUGGUGGUGGUGGUGGUGGUGGUUAUGGCGGCUCCUUCGGUGGCAACUCCUUGGGUGGCGGCUCCUUCGGUGGUGGCUCCCACGGUGGCAGCUCCUUCGGUGGUGGCUCCCACGGUGGCAGCUCCUUCGGUGGUGGCUCCAUCGGCGGUGGCUCUUUCAGUCGCCAUGGCAGAAAUAGUUACGGGAAGUAGUAACUCCAGAGAUAAUGACACUAAAUCAUCUCGAAAAACAAAAUUAUUCAUCAAUACUUGUUGACCAGCAACUAUAAUAAAAUAUUAGACAAACAA